AUGACAGUAGGAAGCCAUCGAAGUUUAAUUCCCGAUAUCAAUAGAGUCAUCCAACCACGUUUCAUUAAUACAAAAAAUACUGUUGGGAAAGAACAACUUCUUUUUAGCGGCAGUUCUUCUGGUAACCUUUAUAUUUUCGAUUUAUCAAGAGCAGUGGAGAAUGUCGAACCUAUCAAAAAAUUACAAGCAUGUAAUUGUUCCAUUACAGGAGUUAGCCUUCAUCCUGAAGAAGAAGGAAUAAUCGCAACCUGCAGUGGACAAAGAAUAAUGAAGAGAUUAAUAACAAAUGAGGCUCGGCAACCUAUACAAGUUAGUAAAAUUAUAAAUGAGGACGACGAAAAUUUAUAUGUCGAAUUUUACGAUCCCGAAAAAUAUGAAAAUCAUCUUUGCUUAUGGGCUUAUGGGCCUACAGAAGUACAUUAA